AUGCCUUCCCCACAGGCUCAACCAUUUCUGCACAGGAUCUUGCAGAGCCAAACAGCAACCUCAGCGUCUACCCCCGGUAUCUCACAGGUCCAGUCUUUCGACCCAUCCCGAUGCCUGUAUCCACCACCAGAAGCCCUGGCUCAGCUAGUGAACGUGUACACAGAGAGGGUACAUAGCCAACCGCUUCCUCUCUUCGACAAAGAGAGACUCUCCGCUCAGAUCCGACACUAUCCCGACUUCCUCCUGCAAGCCUUCUUGGCGCUCACCUUGCUCUUCGUGGAGCUACCUUUCUACGGUGACGCGAAAGCGCAAGCCAUCGAGCUGUACCUCCGUUCCGCUCGUCCCACAGUCAUUCAACUGGCUGCGGAAGGCACCCCAUCGGUGCCAGUAUUGCAAGCAUUGUGCCUUAUGACCUUGAGCGAUGUUGCUGCUGGCCGACACGCACGAGUCUGGAUGGAUGCUGGGAUCGCGGCUAGAUUGGUCCUUUGUGUGUCCCCCGCCGGCGCAGGGUCUGCUACGGAAUAUGCGUCGACGCGAGAUGAUCAGAGGCGAUGUUGCUGGAGUGUGUUUAUUCUUGAGAGAGUCUUCGCCCCCGGCCCGAGUCUCUUGCAGAUCGACAGCUACCCGCUGGGACGAGUAGGGCAUCCUGUCAGCCCCCCACGGCCCCGCUCCCUCAUGGCGAACGACGACGGCUCUGCGCCUAAUGCCUUUGCCAGCAGUGCUGCAGACCUGGGAAUACAGGCCUACUGCCUCCAAGUGACUGGGCUGUGGUAUGAAGUUCUGGGGUACCUGCGACAGCGCCUGGCUAAUCCAACCGAUGACCCCUGGAUCGCCUCCUCGCGCCAUCACACGCUGGUUGCGCAGUAUUACGAGUUCGAGACGGGGAUCUCGCAGCUGCACCGAUAUCGGAACGUCGGCUUCCACACCAUCACCCCCAGCGAACUGCUGCAGCACAAGGAGUACUGGACGGCCUGGCUUUAUUUGCAGGUGGCAUUCCACGCGGGCCAAGCCCUCUUGCAUCAUCCUCUGUUCCAUGUCACUCAUGUGCGACGUGCAUCGUCCAAGUUCCAACCGCCAUCCUUCCUCCAACAAACCAUAGACCAAGCCCUGCUUCACUCGGGUUGGCCCACGCGCUUGAUCCGAACGUGGGAGAAGCAUGGGAUUGAGAUCAACGACCCGUUUCUGGCUCAACUUGUGGCGACCGCUGCGUCUAUCCACUGGAUGUUCCAGUUUGCGAGUGAGAAAGCCAUCGCCGACCGGGCACGGGAGGAUUUCGAGCAGUGCCAACGCUUUCUGACAGAUCUAGCGACCCGAUGGCCACACAUUGCUGGAAUGGUAGACAAGCUUGCGUAUCUGCAAAGUCUGUCGGGACACAGCGCUGGCGCGAGCAGCAUUCCACCUUUCAAAUGGUCGGCGAUGUGGGAUUUGCUGGACCCGAACUCACCUCAUAGCAGUGUGGAGGAGUCCCAUCUAGCAUUUGUGCCUGGUGGCCAGCAGAUCGCCACGCAAUACCUGGUGCCGUUGCGCGAGUCCCCACCGAACCGGGUCUCACUGGGAGGCGAGGAUGAAGUGCUGGCUUCGUCGUCGGAGUGGAUGAACAGCGAUUUUUUCAGUCUGCUUGAUGUACCAUACUUCGGCCAGGGUCCAUCGCAGCUGCCUUCCGACUGCCACGGGGAGUUGUAA